GCGGGAGGCGGCGGCGGCAGCAGCAGUAAUAGCAGGAGCAGCAACAGAAGGCGUCGGAGCGGGCGUCGGAGCUGCCCGCUGGGGGAGAGAGAGAGGAAAGAGAAAGAGAGCGAGCGAGCAGAGGAGCCCGAGGCGAAAAAGUAACUGUCAAAUGCGCGGCUCCUUUAACCGGAGCGCUCAGUCCGGCUCCGAGAGUCAUGGCGACCGCAGCGUCUAACCACUACAGCCUGCUCACCUCCAGCGCCUCCAUCGUGCACGCCGAGCCGCCGGGCGGCAUGCAGCAGGGCGCGGGGGGCUACCGCGAGGCUCAGAGCCUGGUGCAGGGCGACUACGGCGCGCUGCAGAGCAACGGGCACCCGCUCAGCCACGCUCACCAGUGGAUCACCAGCUGCAGCAGUGGCUGGAAAGCAGGGAGGAGGGAGGAAGGGGUCGUGUGCGAAGAAGCCGAGUGGUCGGGGUCACCUCCCCCUCCCGCCGACCUGACAGCUCAGCCGGUUUCACAGAACCCCCCCUGUUUCUCUCUGCGCCCCCUCCCCGCCCCCAGACUGCUGAACGAGAGCGAGAAGCGGCCCUUCGUGGAGGAGGCGGAGCGGCUGCGCGUGCAGCACAAGAAGGACCACCCGGAUUACAAGUACCAGCCGCGGCGGAGGAAGUCGGUGAAGAACGGCCAGGCGGAGGCCGAGGAGGCCACGGAGCAGACGCACAUCUCCCCCAACGCCAUCUUCAAGGCGCUGCAGGCCGACUCGCCGCACUCCUCUUCCGGCAUGAGCGAGGUGCACUCCCCCGGGGAGCACUCGGGGCAAUCCCAGGGCCCACCGACGCCACCCACCACCCCCAAAACCGACGUGCAGCCCGGCAAGGCUGACCUGAAGCGCGAGGGGCGCCCCCUGCCAGAGGGGGGCCGACAGCCCCCCAUCGACUUCCGCGACGUGGACAUCGGCGAGCUGAGCAGCGACGUCAUCUCCAACAUCGAGACCUUCGACGUAAACGAAUUCGACCAGUACCUGCCGCCCAAUGGGCACCCGGGGGUGCCGGCCACGCACGGCCAGGUCACCUACACGGGCAGCUACGGCAUCAGCAGCACGGCGGCGACCCCGGCGGGCGCAGGCCACGUGUGGAUGUCCAAGCAGCAGGCGCCGCCGCCGCCGCCCCCGCAGGGCCCGCCGGGCCACCCCGGCGCGCACCACGACCCGCACUCGGACGAGGACACGCCGACCUCGGAUGACCUGGAGCAGUUCGCCAAGCAGUUCAAGCAGCGCCGGAUCAAACUGGGAUUUACCCAAGCGGACGUGGGGCUGGCGCUGGGCACCCUGUACGGCAACGUGUUCUCGCAGACCACCAUCUGCAGGUUUGAGGCCCUGCAGCUGAGCUUCAAGAACAUGUGCAAGCUGAAGCCUUUGUUGAACAAGUGGUUGGAGGAGGCGGACUCGUCCUCGGGCAGCCCCACGAGCAUAGACAAGAUCGCAGCGCAGGGGCGCAAGAGGAAAAAGCGGACCUCCAUCGAGGUGAGCGUCAAGGGGGCUCUGGAGAGCCAUUUCCUCAAAUGCCCCAAGCCCUCGGCCCAGGAGAUCACCUCCCUCGCGGACAGCUUACAGCUGGAGAAGGAGGUGGUGAGAGUUUGGUUUUGUAACAGGAGACAGAAAGAGAAAAGGAUGACCCCUCCCGGAGGGACUCUGCCGGGCGCCGAGGAUGUGUACGGGGGGAGUAGGGACACGCCACCACACCACGGGGUGCAGACGCCCGUCCAGUGAACUCGAGCGGGGGGGAGGGGCAGAGCGCGGGGGCUCCCCCUCCUCUACGGUCCACGGCCCUUUCCCAGCCCCCUUGUUCCCUCUCUAACUUCUGAUUGUUCUUUUAUUUUAAUUAUUAUUUCCCCGUCCCUUCAAAAGAAAAAAUAAUAAUAAUAAGGAAAGCAACUAAGGCACUGGACUAUCCUCUAAACGGUAGCAGGUGUAAUGAUGUGUUUUGACCUUUACAGGCUAGUACCCAGGCAAUGGAGUGGAGUGUCUCAUAGAGAGAGUGAGGAGAGAGUGUGUAAUAGAGAGAGAGAGAAAGAGAGAAAGAGAGAUGGCAAGCACUGAGUUAAAUACCUGGCAAAACUAAAUAAAUUACCAAAAAGAAAAAAAAAAAAACAUCCACCAAACCGUGAUAAACACAAAACAGCUUCCUGAUGCUCGGAGUUGGCACAUGCCGCAGUGUUGGUUUAAUGUGGAUCCUCAUCAGGAAAGAGGGAAAUAUACACAUGUUCUUUAAUGUAGUCAAAAUUUCACCACAUAAAUUUGCACUGCAAGAAAAUUGAAGUUUACAUGAACAAAUUCAUGAACGUAUUUUUCUUUCUCCCACCGUUAAUUUUGAAAUUGCCGGGUUUUGUUUUGUUUUGUUUUAUUCAGCAGAGAGAGUUGAAGCCAGCUCUUGGCUACUCUCCAUUUCCAAUGUUCUCGUGUUGCCCCUUGUUCUUCUUACUGUUUGUGAACUUUGGUUACCUUCGGUCCCCCCCACCCCAACAUUGGUGUAACAUCUAUUUGCUUCUUUUACCAAAGCAAAAAUGAUUGGCUUCGUACAAAAUAAAUCAUUCUCUGCUUUCAGGAAACGUGCAUGGUCUACCCGCUUUAUCCAAGGCAAGAAUCCGGUUUGGAAUACAAAAAUGAGUCAAGCAUUGGUUUUUGUUACCAGCCACAAAGUAAACUUCAUUUUCAGGCAGUGUUUCUGGGGGAGGUUGUGGAGGGGAGAAAAAGAAAAAUCGAUAGUGAGUGACUGAUUGCUUCAUUUUAUCAGGCGGGCCCAUUGUGAAAGAGCUCAGAGGAAAUGUGGAGGUUAAAUAUAUUUCCAGAGUUGUCCAACAGAAAGUGGCACUUUGAAGAGAACUAGGGAAAUAUAUAUCUUCAGAAACCCCUGUAUAGUUCUCUGCCUUCAGUAUUAAUAACUUGACUAUGAGGAAUUAUUUGUGCUGAUAGCAGCAGUUAAACUUUGUUCCUCUAAUAGCUUUUUUUUUUUAACAUAAAGAAAAUAAUCUGGGAACUUAAUGGUGUAUGCAUAGACUGUUUCUUACCACCAAAUACCCACAUGCAUACAGAGCAUAUCUCCACUCUAGACUGGUUUUGUCUUCACUAGCUCAUUUGUUUAUCAAAUCGUAUUUAAGGUCCCACACCCUCUUCUCUUAUAAUUUAUUACGGAAAAUACCAGUUUGACCUGGACAGCUUUUUCCCCCUCUUUCACUAAGGAAGCCAAAUGAACUGGGAAAAAAUGCUAUUUUCUAUCCUUCCUUUUCUCCCUUUGUUAAUAGUUUUAAGUGCGUUUUUACCUUAUCUUGAUGGAAAAUGGUUAACUCCCAUAACAAAAGACUCUACUGGGAAGUGUAGGUGAAAAAACUUCUAACUGUAUUGAAAAUAAAUACCAUUAAACUGUGAUCAGUUAAAAUAUUUAAAAAUAAUCAGCACAAAGGGCGCUCAAAGGGAAAACACUUUUUAUUAAUCUGAAAAGUUUGGGGCUUUUUUUCUGGUUAAGUAUUAGACAGAUUUUUAUUUAAAAAAUUAAAUUCUCAAUACCAUAAAAUUAUGGUUCAGCAUCAGAUUAGCAUUGCACUCAGUAGUUAAGGUUUUAGGAAAUAUACUUUAUAUUGUCUUUUCAAACACCUGUGAUUGUUUCAUUUUCAAUGUUUUUGCAAGAUAAAUGAUGACUUAUAAUGGGCAUAUUUAUUUGCCUGUAUUUCAUUUCCCCCAACGAAUGUCACAAGGAGAUGGGCACGGAGCUGCUGCUUCGGGGUGCAUCACGCUGCUUGUUCCUGAGGUGUGGGGACUGGCCUUUAGUGAAGCAAUCCAGAGCAGGGCAAAUAGCCAAUGGUAAAGGGAGGAAAUGAAUUUUCAGAUUCUUAUUACCAAGUGGGUAAGGUCAGAUGCUGGAGUUCAGGGGACGUGUCUAUAGGUCCUCUAACUCUCAUAGGUUUACUAAGAUGAAAGUUACCACUGAACCUUACCACUAUGUAUAUAUGUUUAAUAUCUGUCUUUUGAAAUGCAGAAAUAGUUUAAAUGUUUCUUUGUCUAUUUUUCUUUUUUUUAAUGCUACCCAGGGAAAUAUUUUCAUAUCAUUUUUAAGUGGCCUGCCUCAAUGUAUAUUUAUUUCUUUUAAAGCAAAAAGGUUCUGGAAACUGUUUUUCUGUAGCUUUAAAUGAGUAGAUGAGCAAAAUCUAUAUGGGAUGUAAUUUUUUUGUUCAGUCUCUUUAAGAAUAUUUUGUUUUGGUACAUUUGGUUGUGCUUGUGGGGAAAAUAAAAACGCAGAGAUCCUUAUAUAUUUAUGUUAAAGUAAUAUUUUAUUAUCUACAUAAAACAGAAAUGCACAAUACCUUCAUAGUUUGUUCUAAUUAUUGAAAUAUCUUUAUUUUAUUUUUAAAGAUAGUGCCAAGUUUUAAGGGGGGAGAAAACCCUAGACCUUAUACUGACUGAGUUGAGUUGUGUGUAAAAUACUUCCCUUCCUUUAUACUUCAUAAAGUUUUGGAAUAAAUUUUAUGCGCAUACUGCCAGGUUUCAUGUUUAUAACUCUCAGAGCCUUUUUUUUUUUAAGAGAGACUACUGUUUUGAUUCUAAUUCACUUUUCUUUGCAAAAAACUAUCAGUUCCAGACCUUUCAGUCACUACACCUAUAGCAUUAAACUGAAAUGGUCAUUGGGUUUGAGCUUCCAUUUGUUUGCCAUUUCAUGGUCCGACAAAGAGAUGUUUGUAGCCUUUAAAUAAAUGCAAAUAUCCCUACAUCUUCUUUCUCGGUUACCUUUACCUUAACUGAUUGUGCUUUUUUUUUUUUUUUUUUGAAGAGCAUCAGUGGAACUAGGUGGACUUUAAUCUUUACCCACAUGUCCUCACAUAAUUUGGGAUCUAAAAAACAAAGCUUAGUUAAGGGUGUUAUUCUUUUUAAUAAUUAACAAAUAUCUUUCAACCAAGAGUAACUCUGACAAUAUGCAAGAUGUGUGUUUACCAAGUGAUUAUUGGUAGGUCCCAUGUAUUAUUCCUGUUAGGUUUACAGGGGGAAAAAAUGGAUUUUGCAAUGGUUUAUACAAUAGUGUCUGUUUCUCUUCAGGCAAGCAAACAGGCUCUCACACAGGGCAAGGAAAAAAAAGGAAAGAAUGUAUGGAAGACACUCAAGGCUGUGAUGCUAAUCACAGACUGUUUCAGAUAUUCUUAGAGGGAACAUUAUACUUACCAAAAUCAGUGUAAGGUUAGUGCAACAUCCAAGCAGUGUUGAGUUAGUUUACAAGUUUGCUGAUGUAUUUAAAGUCCUCCUUGGAACACUGGUUUAAGUAUAAAUGUCCAUUUUGAAAGGCGGUUUCUGGGCUUAUUACAUCUGAUCAUCUUUUCUAACUCCUAGUCAAUAUUACACAGGUCCCAAACAGAUUCAGCCAAAUGAUCUUAUCAAUAGUCUGAACAAGAAGUGACAGAAAGAAGAAGUGUUUUGUGACCGC